AUGGAGGCUACACUUGCCGGAGUGAAGAGCAGGUGGAGGCUGGUGGCCGGAGGUGCCCUGGAGCAGCGGCAGAGCUGCUGUGACGCCGGCGGAGGUGACCGGUCUACGUGCUGGAGCGGCAGCAGUGGCAGUGUUUUUAUUAAUUUCAGAGGCAAAGACAUCGAUGGUUUUCUCUCCUUUCUCUUUGAAUCUUUGAAGGAAAAAGGAAUCAAUACCUUCAAGGAUGAAAACCUUAAAAAAGGAACUGAAAUAACACCAGCCCUCAAGCAAACAAUUCAAGAAUCAUGUAUUUCAAUUGUCAUAUUCUCCAAAAACUACGCAGAUUCUCCAUGGUGCUUGGACGAACUUGUUGUGAUAAAUAAAUGCAGAGAAAAGGGAGGACAAAUGGUUUUACCAGUUUUUUACCGUGUAGAUCCAACUGAUGUUCAAGAGCUGAGAGGGCCUUUUACAAAGGCACUUGCUAGGCUUUUACAAGAUCACAGCGAUAGAUCAUCGGAUGAUAGUUCACACAACCUGGGUGGAUGGUGCCAUGCUUUGAAGACAAUCAGCAACGACUUAAGUGCUUUUGUUUCGAAUGAGAUCAAAAAUGACCAAAUGCUAGUUCAAAGAAUCGUCAAUCGUGUUUCAGAGAUAUUAAGUCAUAUGCCAUCAAAUGCUAGUUACCAUGACAAGUUAGUUGGAAUUGAUUCGCGUGUCGAGGAAGUAAUAUCGUUAUUGGAUGUUGAUGUAAAUAACAGAAAUUGGAGAAUAGGAAUUUGGGGAAUGGCUGGUAUUGGAAAGACAACUCUUGCUGGUAUAGUGUUUUCGCAAAUCAAGGUUAAAUUUGAUGCCCACUGCUUUGUUUCAAAUGUCAAGGUACAGAUAAGGAAGGAAACAGAAAUUGUUUUACGGGAUAAAAUCAUUCGUUCACUAUUGGGAGACGAAUAUUUAAAAAUAGGCUCACCACUUUUAGUAUUAGAUGAUUGGAUUAUGAGAAGACUGCAAAAAAAGAAAGUUCUUAUUGUUUUUGAUGACGAUGACGUUGUGAUCAAACGAUUUAGAUCUUUUAGCUGGAAACUGCUUCUAGCCUUUAAUGGCAAGGAAAAGAGGUACUGGGAGAGCCAGUUGCCUCAAAUUGAAAACAUCCCGCCGAACAAGAGAAUUCAAGAUGUUCUAAAAAUAAGUUAUGAUGGGUUAGAUAGAAAUGAGCAGAGCAUAUUUCUGGAUAUCGCAUGUUUCUUUGGAAAUGGAGAUAAAGCUGAAAACGAGCUUGAAAAAAUAAUAGAAAGUUUUGGUUUCUUUGCGAGAAGUGGAAUAAGGAGUCUCAUUGAUAAAUCUCUCAUAACCAUUUUUUAUGGCCAAGUAAAAAUGCAUAACUUACUAAAACAAAUGGGAAAGGAGAUUGUGAAUGAGGAAUGCAAACAGCCUGGAGGACGUAGUAGGUUGUGGAAUCCUGAGGACAUUUAUCAUGUAUUCAAAACAAAUACAGGAACGGAUAAGGUUGAGUGCAUUUCGCUUAGGAUGUCGGAUGCUAUAGCUUUGGGGAUAAGUUCCAAAUCUUUCAUCACGAUGCCUGAUCUUAGAUUAAAUUCCAAAACUUUCAUGAAGAUACUUAAUCUUAGAUUCCUCAGAAUCAGUGCCAAUUGGAUUUUGGCUGAUGGCCUUGAUUUUCUUCCGGAGCAGCUGAGAUAUUUAUCUUGGCAUCGUUACCCUUUGAAAUCGUUGCCGUUGAAGUUUUGCCCAAAUAAUCUUGUACAACUUCACUUGCCUGACAGCCAGCUCAAACAACUGUGGGAUGGAGAUAAUAAGCCAUUUCAAGCCCCAAACCUUGAGGAAUUAUGUUUGUCAAGUUGUAGCAGUUUAAUUGAGAUUCCUUCAUCUCUUAAAUAUUCAACCAAGCUUGCUCUGCUAAACUUAGAGGACUGUGAAAGUAUUCGCAGUUUGCCAAGCUUCCUUCAGUUAGAAAAUCUUGAGAUUCUUAAUCUUCGAGGUUGCAGUAAACUUGAAGAAUGUCCAGAGAUUCCUUGCAAUUUAAGGGAUUUAAAUUUAAGUAAAACUGCAAUAAAACAAUUGCCUUCAUCAAUUGGACAUUGCUCUCAACUUGUUGCAUUAUUGUUAAGCGGGUGUACAAAGCUUCAAAAACUUCCAGACUGCAUUGGCCAGUUACAGUCUCUUGAGUACAUUGAUUUUACAGAUUUGAAAUUCAGCAAAUUGCCAAAUAACUUCGGAUAUUUAAAAUCUCUGAAGAAACUUGACGUAAGAGGAAGUGGCAUAAAAACAUUACCAUCCUCUUUCAAUCAAUUGAGCCGAUUGAAACGUUUAUGUUUUGAGGGAUGUAAAGGUUUGACGGUAUGGUCUUCUUCGUUGUCCGGUUUGAAUGACCUACGGAAGCUUUAUCUGGGUAACUGUGGUAUAUCAGAAAUUCCAGAGAGUAUUGGAUCAUUAGUUUCAUUGAAAGAGUUAUAUUUAAAUGGAAACGAUUUCGAAAGCAUUCCUGCAAGCAUCAAACAACUUUCUCAUUUGGAGACUCUUAGGUUGGAUGAUUGUAAGAGGCUUAGAUAUUUGCCAGAGCUUCCAGGCACAAGGUCAUUUUCUGCAUCAAAUUGCACCUCUUUAGAAUUUGUAUCAUUUUCGUCCUUUCCCAAAGCAGAAACAGAAGAUGGCAUUCAACUUAAUUUUGGUAACUGCAUCAAAUUGGGUGAUAAUGUACGUCUUCAAAUUACGGAAGCUCUGUUCUCAGCACAGCAAGGCCAGAACCACCAUAGAUUAUGUAUCCCUGGGUUGGAAAUGCUGCAAAGUAUGAAAUAUCGAACAAGUGGGUCUCAUCUUUCAGUUCAGUUGGAAAGGCCUGAUCGUAUGUUGGGUUUUUAUUCUGCCGCUGUUAUUGAUUUCCAAGAUUUUGAUUUUCAUGGACAUAACAUUAGAGGUAUUGGGAACUUCGAAGAUAAAUCUGGAAAGAUGUAUGAGUAUGACUGUGACUUUUAUUUUGGACAUCGUAGGCGUCCUAAAAUAGAUUCAAAACAUUUUCUCCUUGGGUAUAAAUCUUUUGAUCAUGAACGGAAUUUCACUCGAGUCUCAUUCCAUGUUGAUCAUUUCUCUGUAAAUUAUUCCGGAAAAGGUGAAGUCAUUAGUGGGAGGGUGAUCAAUUGUGGCAUUCAUCCUAUAUAUCGGGAAGAAUAUAGGAAAGCCGAAAGAAGGAAUGUAAGAAGGAAAGAACCGAACAAGGAUAUAGUAGAGGCGGCAAACACUCAAACACUGGAAUUAUUGGGACUGAAUUAUGGGAGAAGAAUUCAAGACAAAAACUCUGAUUAA